CUUGACAGUAGGUUUGCACUGUAUAAAUGACGCGCGCUCCCUGGGACGCACACGAAAGUGCACCACAGUUCUUGCAAUGCUGCACAUCAAAGUCUGUGGAGAAGACAUUUUCUUUACUCUCAUACCUUGUUUCAAUGGAUAGUCAAGUAUAGGACAUAUUUCAAUUAUUGAAAAUCUAGAAUAUACUGGUGUUCCUGCAUCUUUAACGGCAUCGCUCGUCCAUUGGCGCACGCUCUCAGGGCAAGAUGAAAACUCUGCUGUCAAUUAUAGUCCUUUGCAGUUUGGCAAAUAUGUUUUGCCAGGAGCUGUAUUCCAGCGAAGACAACUUGUCAACGGAAAAUUUCCAACUUGAGGACUACCCCUCUCAGGGUCACUUAUUAGAUCCGGAGCCUUUGCAGGCAUUACUGCGAAUCAUAAGGAAACCCGGUGCACAACAAUUCUUCGGUCUAAUGGGGAAAAGAUCCACAGCAAAAACACAAGUGACGCGCAAAAGGCAGAAAUUCCAGUCUUUUGUCGGAUUAAUGGGCAAGCGGAAUCUAAGAAAGCAAAGCGAGUAUUCUCACCACCCUCCGGUGCCCUGCAACCUGCCAGUUUAGUGGCAUGAUUACCAAGCUGUCGUCUCCUUCAGGGUUUGGAGGACCAUCAACCUGGGAGUUAAAACCUUCAUAGUUGUCAAUACAUGUCGGACCGGAGCUGUGGCUUUGACAGCCUACUGGAAAUAAAACAUUAAAAACCUCUCUGUUUUUUUGACUAAACACAGCUACCCAUGAAUUGUAUCAACACUGAUAUAUAAAAUUAUUGUUUAAAGAUAACAGGUUUGUGAUUUAAUUUCCUUGGCACCAACAAACUAAUCAGACCAUAAGCAGGUCCGAAUUGGAUCGAUGGAUACCAUUAUAAACUGCAACACUGCCCUCUAGAGCACAAUGACAACUGGACAAAUAUCUUGGAAACUAAAAACCUGUUAUCAUCACAAGUUUAUUAAGUGACUGUACAAUACAAAUGAAAAAUAAACUUAAAAAUACAGAAGUGGAGUACAUGAC